UGCGGGGCUUGGACGCGGCUCGUUGUCGCAGAUUCCCGGGCCCAGAGCGAAGUCUAGCAGGGCUUGGGCGCCCCUGCCUGACGCCCCUGAGCCCGGUGUGCAAUCGGCCUCAGCCGGGCCACCGGAGGUUUCCAGCGCCGGUCCGCCCCCUUUCCUCACUCUGCCGCGGGCUGCUUAGGGUAGAGCAGUCCUGGCCCAGCGCAGGCAGCCUGGAUGUUUGCAGCGCUGGGGCAUCACACAUCAGCUCUGGGGAGGGGGUUGCAGAAGCUCAACACUGCAGCUCAGCACACCCUGUGCGUGGAUUGUUGGGCUGCCCAAAGCUGUGAAAGUUCCUCAGUGUAGAAGUUAUCUCCCCAUAGAGUUCAGGGACUUGGGUUCAGCCAGUUUCCCUGGGGUGCCCUGCCCAAAUGAAUCAGCACCUGCAGUAAGCACUUAAAGACAAAUUAGCUUUUGUUUGUUUGUUUAAAUGCUACCUGGCCACGAUGCCGAAUCAGAAAGCAUCCACAGUUUAGGUUUCUGAUGACUGUAAAACAAGGAAAAGGAGCGCAUUCGACAUCUGAAUAAAUAUACUUUAUACUAAGUGAGGGGGGUUCACUGAGAAAUUUUGGAGGUGAACUCCCUUAAGAGUACUCCCUUAAGAGUAAAAACCAAACAACUUGCCUGAGCUUUGGUUGCUUCCUUGAGGCGUUUCUCAUUUUAGCUCAAGUGCAUGAAUACACUGUGAUACCUAACUGGUUCUCUGACUCCUUUUGAGAUCUAUUGGAGCCAAGGAGAGAGGGGCCCAGAGUCUUUUACAAGUUAUUAUUAAUGAUUCCAUAUGGAUAAAACAUUUGAAAUGUGUUUUAAGUCCAGUUCCCUCCAAAACGUAAUAGCUUUGUAACUUCUGCAGUAUUUGGGUUGCAGUUUCUACCUGGAAAGUGGGGAAUAACCAGAAAUUCAGAAAGUAUUAAGUUAAUCGAAUACUGUAAAGCAACAGGGUCAACUCAUUAAAUGUGUGCCUGUGGAGCCUCGUUUAGUGUUUAACACGGAGUGAGCCCUGGCACGUGUGAAAAACUGAGAUAUACCGGAGCGCUGGGAAGUUCUUUUUCUCGUCCUUACUGGUUUUUUUUUUCUUUUUCUUCUGGUUGUUUGUUGAAUAAUCAUAUUAGAAGUACAUAUCUGUGAGAGCCAGCCGUUGUUUAGGAGUUUUGGAUAUAACUCUGAAGUUAUUUUUGAUGUUAGAUUAUUGAUAGAGACAUAAAUUAUUGGUAGAGAUUAUUGAUAGAUAUAUUAAUAGAUUAUUGAUAGAGACAGAGUUCCUUUGUUAGGUUGAGUUUUAAAAACUCUGUGACUUUUCUAUAAACGCUGCUCAUCUCUUAUUAUUUUCCCAGAAUUCUAGAUUAUAGUGAUCAUACUUUUUUGUUGUUUUAGAAUUCUAAGUCCUGUUCUUAAGAAUAUCAUUUAGUUUCCAUGUAAUGGUUAUUAGACGUUCUGUUCCUGUUGGCUUAAACAAUUUGAUUUAGUAUUCUGUGUAAAGUGCCUUGUUACUGAACAGGAAUUCUGAAGCCACCAUGUCAUUGAAGGGUCAGUGUUGGUUUCAACCUCUUGGACCGAGAGCUGUGCAUCACCCAUAAUGAGGCUUGUAAUUCUUGAUAACUAUGACUUGGCUAGCGAAUGGGCAGCCAAGUACAUCUGCAAUCGUAUCAUAAAAUUCAAACCCGGACAGGACAGGUACUUUUCCCUGGGCUUACCAACAGGGAGUACACCUUUAGGAUGUUAUAAAAAGCUAAUAGAAUACCACAAGAGUGGAAACCUUUCAUUUAAAUAUGUGAAGACUUUUAACAUGGAUGAAUAUGUCGGACUUCCAAGAAACCACCCUGAAAGUUACCAUUCUUAUAUGUGGAAUAACUUCUUUAAGCAUAUCGAUAUAGAUCCGAACAAUGCUCACAUCCUCGAUGGGAACGCUGCAGAUCUGCAGGCAGAGUGUGAUGCAUUUGAGGAGAAAAUCAAAGAAGCUGGAGGAAUAGAUCUUUUUGUUGGAGGAAUAGGUCCAGAUGGUCAUAUUGCUUUCAAUGAACCAGGAUCCAGUUUAGUAUCAAGAACGAGAUUAAAGACGCUAGCAAUGGACACCAUUUUGGCAAAUGCUAAAUAUUUUGAUGGAGAUUUAUCAAAAGUGCCAACCAUGGCUCUGACUGUUGGUGUGGGGACAGUGAUGGAUGCUAGGGAGGUGAUGAUCCUCAUAACAGGUGCGCACAAGGCCUUCGCGCUGUACAAAGCCAUGGAAGAAGGAGUCAAUCACAUGUGGACGGUUUCCGCUUUCCAGCAACAUCCCCGCACUAUUUUUGUAUGCGAUGAAGAUGCCACUCUAGAAUUAAGAGUUAAAACUGUGAAAUACUUUAAAGGUUUAAUGCAUGUGCACAAUAAACUUGUGGACCCACUCUACAGUAUGAAAGAAGGGAACUGAAGGAGACCCAGUUGCGCUCAGAAGAACCUUUCUAUACUGAUAAAAUUUCAGCUUAUGCAAUAUGAUAACAAUGUGUCUCGAAAAACAAAAACAAAAAAAUGACAACAUGGAGAAAUAGGAAGAUUCAUUUAUAAAGAAAAAAGACCACGGUGUGUUAAACAUUCCAUAUUUAGAAUGUAUCUGUUUUACACUAGGUUCUAGAAGUCAUUGGAUCCCAAAGUUCUUUGGCUGUUAUAAAGUAGAGACACUAUAUAGCUACCUAUCAACAGUAUAGCAGUGAAAUGUGUGCAUUUUAAGAGAUCUGCACUAUCGGGUCCUGUCAGUGGCAUAAUCUCUGACUUGUUUGAAGACACUCCAAGCCUUUCCAGUGUCAUCCUGCUCUCAUUACAAACCUUCCCUUUUGGAAUGGAUACUUUUUGUGCAUCAUACACAUGCUUUUUGCCUGUAGUUGCCUUAGUCAUCUUUCUGCAGUAGCAUCUGGACAUCACAAGUCCUGCUAUUCAUUAAUCAAGGAAAUCUGAAGAGAUGACAGUGCCCUAAAGUAGUUUACAUCCUUUCAGAAAGUAUGUGUAAGUGCAUGCUUCUAUGCACCUUCUUAUGUAGUACUUUUUUACAGAUAUGCUUAUUUUUAUUUAAUGACCGGGUUAAUGCCCUUCAUAAGUAUAUUGGCAAUUAUGAGCUUUAUACCUAGCUACAAAUUAAAGUCCUUUUGAAAAACAUUUUCUGAUUAUUGUUAAAUUUUGUAAAUCAUCCUUAUAUAUGUCUAAAGAGAUAUUAAGUAUGUACUAAAUUACUGUAAACAUUUAAAUUGCAAUAACUUGCAUAAUUAAGUUGCAAAUAAAAAUAUUGUUUUCUAUCUUUAACACAAAUAAAGUUUACAAUAAAAUAA